GAUUAGAAAUCAGAGGUGCAAGCAAUGGGAACUGAGGGUCAAUAUGUAUCAAGUGUCUUGCUAAUCUGGCCACUGAACUUUAAACUUUUGUUUAUUUAGCCAGAGCACUGAAAUUCAGAUGCAAGAAGGUUUAGUAGAAACGGACCAUGGCGAAUCUUUUGUGGGUUAUAAAUCUUUUUCACCUCCUCAUUAACCUCACAGCAGCUGAAACGCAAGUAUUUCUAGACAACGGGAAGGCAAACAACUUCUUAACACGCCUAAGACGUGCAAACAGCUUUUUUGAAGAAAUGAAACAAGGCAACUUGCAGAGAGAAUGCUUCGAAGAGAGGUGUUCGAAAGAAGAAGCAAGGGAAUGUUUUGAAAAUGACCAACGAACUGAUGAAUUCUGGAAUAAAUAUGUAGAUGGGAACCAGUGUGAAUCCAAUCCAUGCAAGAAUCAAGGCAAGUGUCGCGAUGGCAUCAACCAGUAUCAAUGCAACUGCACGCAAGGCUUCAAAGGCAACAACUGCGAAAUCGAAAUUCCAAAGCUCUGCAGUCUGGAUAAUGGAGGCUGCCAGCACUACUGCCAAGUCCAGCAAGAUCGGGUAAAAUGUUCUUGCGUUAAGGACUUUUUACUUGAUAUCGAUGGGAAAUUAUGCAUUCCCGCAGUACGUAAUCCCUGUGGAACCGUUGGUGACAUCAAUACAGAAUUCAUCGAUUCUACGCUAAGUAACAGCAGUAUGGUAAAUGACACCAAUGCCAAUCUGGAUGUUACAGAAGGUAUAAAAUCUGACGCAAUGGUGAGAAUCGUGGGAGGCCUGGAUUGCCCCCUGGGACAAUGUCCAUGGCAGGUUCUUUUACUUGAUGAAACGGGCGUAGGAUUCUGUGGAGCCACGAUUUUAAGUGAAUGGUUCCUGCUGACUGCAGCCCAUUGCCUUAACCAGACCAGGAAUAUUAUUGCUGUUGCAGGUGAAUUUGAUGUCAAAGUGGAAGAAGGUACAGAGCAACGCCGAGAUGUUCUAAUGAUCGUUGCUCAUUCUAAUUUCCAAAAACACACCUUUGACAAUGACAUUGCAAUUAUAAUGUUGAAGAAACCUCUACAAUUGAACGAGAAUGUGGUACCAAUCUGUCUGCCCCAAAGACAUUUUGCAGAAAAAGUAUUGAUGAAUCAGCAGAAUGCAUUAAUCAGUGGCUGGGGCCGUGUCAAAGACCGUGGUGUGCCAUCCCUCAAGCUCCAGCAACUCACUGUGCCUUUUGUCGAUCGGACGAAGUGUAUUGAGUCCAGUCGAUACUCAGUUACUUCUAACAUGUUCUGUGCUGGCUACGAUAUUGCGAUGCAAGAUGCUUGUCAAGGAGACAGUGGUGGACCACAUGUCACCAAACACAAGGGCACUUGGUUCUUGACUGGUGUUGUGAGUUGGGGAGAAGGAUGUGCACAAAAAGGGAAAUAUGGCAUCUACACAAAGGUGUCAAAAUAUAUCAAGUGGAUCAAAAGGGCUAUGGAUGAGAUGACUUCCCUGUUUGCGAACACACAGACAGAUACUUACAGAGCUCCAUGGCACCGAGCAUGUGGACCACCUGCGGUACAGAGCAGUGGAGCAGUGGAGGUGGAUGCCUACAACAACUUCGCUUGGCCAGACCGAUCCUGCAACGCCAACAGAACAAUGGGCCUUUAUGGCCAGCUGCAUGUGUUGUUAUUGUCCGGUCUGGAAAGUGCACUCAAUGAUGCAUUGAAUUACACUAAUGCAGAGGGAGGUCGCUCCCACACCCAGGCUUAUUAUUUGAACCCAAAUUACUUGUCAGAGAAUCAUGCAAGCACUGUCGUGAAAAUCAGCUCAGAUCUAGCUUUAGGAGAGAAUGAAGCUGGAAAGUUUUAUGGGGGUAUUAUCCACAAUGCUUUGGCUUUUGGGGUUCGUGCUCCCAUCACUUGUUCCCACGGAGGCAAAUCAACAAGGUCUGUCCCACAUGGAGUGCGCAGUCAAUUUGCGUCGUGCCUCCGUGGUUCAGCCGUGUGCUUUGUUGAUAGAAAGCACUGGCUUUUAGAAAUAACACCAAAUCUCCUCUCAGUUUUCCUCCCCAGUAAUGCUGCCCAAGGACUUUUGAGCAGACAGAAACGCAGGAACUUCCUGCUGGAGGAGCUCAGACAUGGCAACUUGGAGCGAGAGUGCACAGAGGAGCAGUGCAACUUCGAGGAGGCAAGGGAAGUGUUUGAGAACGAAGAGCAGACGUGGGAGUUCUACAAGACUUACAUGGUUACUAGCAAUAUUACUAACAAUCUGUGUAAAUCUGCUCCUUGCUGGAAUGGUGGGACCUGUCACAACACUCUUGGCGACUAUAACUGCACAUGUAAGACAGGCUAUGGUGGCAAGACCUGUGAGAUUGAAAAUGAUAUGUGUGCAUCCAGCCCAUGCAAGAAUGGAGGAUGGUGUUCCAAAGAAGCUACACACUAUAACUGUUCUUGUGAAACUGGCUAUUAUGGUCAAAACUGUGAACAUGGUCCCCAGGACUGUUCAUCACAUGGGCAAAGCUGUGAUCAGUUCUGCAAGUUUCGGCACUAUAACUAUGCCUGUUACUGUGCCCAGGGAUAUAAACUUGGGAAAGAUAAGAAGAGUUGUGUUCCUACAGUGCCGUAUCCAUGUGGAAAGCUGUCAGUCCCUCUAGCAACUGAUGAUUCUGACCUGAUCAUCAGGGCAAUCAUUGGUGACCAGCUAUGUCAAAGGGGUGAAUACCCGUGGCAGGUGCUAGUGAAAAAUGAUGAUGAAAAAGUCUGCGGGGGUGCCAUUCUGAAUGAGGACUUUGUGCUGACCUCGGCUGCCUGUGUCAGGCACAUGCAAUUUCCCACAGUUAUCCUUGGAGAGCACAACCUGGAGGAAGAAGAAGGCACUGAACAAGUAAUUAACAUCAGUCGAACAUACAUUCAUUCACGUUACUCCCAGGUGACCUUCGAGAAUGAUAUUGCAUUACUGCAGUUAGAGAUGCCGAUUCAGUUUAACAACUACACCAGCCCCAUCUGUCUCCCCGAGGUCGACUUUGCUGAAUUCUUUUUGAUGAACUCCGAGUAUGGGGCGAUAAGUGGAUGGAAGCUGGAACAGGGUCGUGUUGAGCAGCCAUUUAUGCUUGGUGUCCCUUAUGUCCCAUACAUUAAACAUGCCAGUUGUGAAGGGGUACAGUCUUUUCCUCUUGUAAAUCGAAUGUUUUGUGCAGGGUUUGAAGAAUUAGAAGAUCCAUUAUGUUCUUUAAUCAGAGGAAGUCCCCUUGUAACCAGCUAUAAGGGUGUAUGGUUCCUGACAGGCUUGAGCUUAGGUGCUGAUGAAUAUAAUUGUAAUAAAAUACCAGUAUACACUAAAGUUUCAAGGUACAUAAAUUGGAUUAAACAGAUAAUGAGGAAAAAGCACACACGUCACUAACUGUACAUGCAAUAUGGUGAGAUGGUGCGCUUUACUCCCUAAUGUUGCAUAGACAGAGGUACAGAAAUAGAGAAUUAAAAAUAAAUUAAUUAAUUUGCUGACAUGUUCUACUUCUGCUUCCUAACUUUGUGAAGAAAACAUUGAAGGUGGAAUGUAGUUUAAAAUUAUUCCAGAAAACAUAGAACUGUUAAUAAAAUUAUGUCAUUAAAAAUGUGAUUGAAUU